AUGCCAGCGCGAAGGGUGAUAGAGAUCGGACCAGCCGAUCAGAACUCUCAUAAAUGGAGAGUCCCUUUCACUGAAGACGCCUUCCAUUCUUUCAUCGUCCACGGCGGGGUUGCUGCGCGAAAUGUCUUCGGUGAAGGAUCACUCUUCAGCCCGCUACUGUUCGGGAAGUUCUUUGAUCCGGCUGAUGCCUUCCCUCUAUGGGAGUUCGAAUCGGAUGCGUUGCUCUCGGGACUUCGGAACGCCUCCAAGAGCACUGUUGACUGGUCCGCAACGAAUGCAGACUACAUGCUGAAAGCGGAGUUACCAGUUGGUGCAAGAAAAUGUGAUAUAGAUGUAUGCAACCUGAAGGAAAUGGUGGUCGAGAUCAGUGGGCGGUGGAGAGGGCGAGAAACUGAUCCAAAGGACUGGAAAAAUGGCCGCUGGUGGGAGUAUGGAUUUGCUAGGCGUCUCGAGCUGCCCGAAGAUGCAAACUGGACAAAGAUGGAAGCUUACAUCACUGAUGAUAUCUUUCUUGAGAUAAGAAUUCCAAAGAAUGGUUCAGACAUCGACCUGCAGCAAAUGCAGGCUGUGUAA